AGAAGUUGUCGCGUUCCCUGCACAACCUCGCUGCACAACCUCAUCGUCAACAUGAAUCCACAAUCGACGGGCGGGCUACCGCUUGGGCUCUUCAUCCAGCCACAGAAGAAGAGGUCCAGGGCCAUCAAGAUUGUCGAUCCUGAGUCUCGAAAAGAACAGGUCAUCAAGCACCAGCAGGCUCCACCCGACCACGACGGACAGAGUGCUUUCACUUUCACGUCGGCCGUUCGUGACGCAGCGCGCGCAGCUACUGCAAGUGCAGCCCAAAAAUCCCAAACUCUCAACAAGGUCACCGCUGGCGCGAGCACGACGCGCUUGCAGCCUGACGAUGACGAGCUCACCAAAGGAUUUAAUGUCUAUGCGCUUCCCUUUGUCCCGGACAACCUGAAAAGAAUCAACGGGGACGCCGCUAGCUAUGUGUGUGAAACGCCGCCAUCUUCCGACAUUGAUUUUGUGGGUUACGCCAGCAGUGAGCUGAUUGCCAACCUCCUGCCUUCCAUUCCUGGUCCAAGCACUGAUCCAGCCCCGGCGGGCCAUGUCCACGCCUUGACCCCAAACGAACAUGAGGCCUUCUUCCGCUUCCAUUUACAGCAUGAGUGGCAAUACCAGGAAAGGGAAAACGCAAGUUAUUCUUUAUACCAGCACGAAGGCAUCGUCGAGUUUGCACAACCGUCCCCUGGUAGCUCAGUCGACCUCGCAACCGUGACAAUCGUUGUGCCCGGUCUACGAGAGGACUCGCCUCACGUUGAACUAGAGGAUGAAGUUGAGCUCCGCCAGUUGCGUUCCGACUCUGCACAACGGCUGAUUCUGGAGCGGGGCUACCAAAAAGGAGUUACCUGGUCACCCUUGGGGUGGACUGGCAUUGUCUACAAGGCUCGCGUGUCGGCUGUGCUACGGGAGCGAGAAACACUAGUCCUGCGUGUCGCUGGCCUCAAUAUUGUUAGGUCCGAGGUCAUGAUGGAGCUUGCACCCUUCGUGCCGUUUCCCAGUCAGCAUCGUCUCAAGUUCAACGUACAGUUCCCCGUCCCCAAGCAUCGCUCCCGACAGAUGGAGAGCGUCUUGCCUUGGAUCCAGGCUUCUCUGCAUCGAGCUAGCCAAAUGACUCUCCAUGCGCGCGCUACAAUAGACGGUGAUAAUGGUCUUGAACUACAAGCGGCAAAGUCAGCCUACUGGAUCCAGUCGAUGCUGUUUCCAACAGAGGCCGACUGUGACAUUCAAGUCAAUGCUCACUCGGGCAUAUUCACACAGCGCUUUUUCGACCAAGGGCUCAAUCUGGAGCAGCGCAUUUCUGUUGAGAAUGUGUGCAGCCAAAACUAUGGCGUGCUUCCCUAUCUGAUCUCGGGCCCGCCAGGCACUGGCAAGACAAAGACCAUGGUUGAAAUCGCUCUGCAACUGAUCCACAACGUCCCCAACGUCUCCCACAUACUGAUGUGCGCUCCCUCGGAGCAGGCAGCCGACAUGCUAGCCGACCGCCUGCGCUCAUCUGUCCCCUUGCACCACAUGUUGCGCCUCAAUCGGCCGUCUCGGAGCUUUGCCGAGGUCUUGGAAGGCGUGCUUCCAUACUGCCACAUUGCCGGCGACGCGUUCGGCCUGCCACCCAUGGAGAAGCUCAUGGCGUACAAGAUCGUAGUAACCAGCUGCCGCGAUGCUGCUAUACUCAUGCAUGCCCGCGUCGCCAACUCGGACCUAUACGCAGUAGAAGAUGGCCUACGGAGACGCAUCCAUCCUUCACAUCCACCUCCCUCGCAAGCCCGGCUGCACUGGGACGCCCUGCUGAUGGACGAAGCGGCCCAAGCUACCGAGCCGGAUGCCCUGGUCCCGCUUUGGGUGGUCUCCCCCCCGCCAGAAGCGCCUGAGCUCGUCUUCAUCCCGCUCGUAGUCAUGGCCGGCGAUGAGCAGCAGCUGAACCCGCGCACGUCAGCCCCCGUAACAAUCCUGCAACGCUCGCUCUUCGCCCGGCUGAUCGCGCGGCCCGUCUACGCCGAGCACCCGCUGGCGCGCGCCUUUAAGGCUUCCAUCUCGGCCAUGCGCAACCCAACAAGCACAGCCAACCCAACCCAUGCGGCGGGAGACGACCCACCGCUCACCAUAACCCCCUCCACCCGCCUGCCCGUCCUCCGCCCGGCCUUCACGAACCUCGUGCGCAACUACCGCUCCCACCCGGCCAUCCUGGCCGUGCCCUCGGCGCUCUUCUACCACGACACCCUGCUGGCCUCGGCGCCGGCAUCGUCGACCAACCGUCUAGCCAGCUGGCGCGGCUGGCACGGACGACGCGGCUGGCCGGUGCUGUUCCACGACAACCCCUCACCCGACGACCUCGAGUGCGACGGCGGCGGGUGGUUCAACGCGGGCGAGGCCGAGCUGGCGUGUCGCUACGCGGCUGACCUGGUCGCGUCGGGCUUGGUCCGCCAGGAGGAGGUGUGCGUCAUGAGCCCGUUCAGCGCGCAGGUAAGGCUCAUACGCCGGCUGAUGCGCAGCCGAAGUGGUGGCGGUGGUGGUGGUGGUGGUGGUGGGCCGAGCCUGUGGGGUGUCAAUGUCGGCCCUACGGAGGCGUUUCAGGGGUUGGAGCAUGGAGUGGUGAUUCUGUGCACCACGCGGUCGAGACGCAGGUUUGUGGGGAGAGAUAAAGCGCUCGGAUGGGGAAUUGUGGGCAUGCGCAACCGCAUGAAUGUUGCGCUGACGCGGGCGAAGUUUGGGUUGAUUAUAAUUGGCUCGCGGGAGGUGCUUGCUGGGGAGGAUGAGGCGUGGAGGGAGGUGAUUGCGUUUUAUGCUGCUGUCAAGCCAUGCAGUUUGCGGGGGAUGUUCUAG